CAGGAGCAGGAGGUGGAAAGGGUGUGUCGUCAGCCUCGCGCGGGGCCCGCACGGAUGCCCUGGGCAGCGCUGCACUGGGCGGAGGAGAUGCCCUUGGACGUCCGAACGGGUUAACUUGACGGUGUCAGGUGGAUCAGCUGCGUCCCACUGCCCUCUGUGCUGAGGGGAGUUCCCGCCAGUGGGGAAGCAUGGAGGGGAGUAAGGAGACAAGAAAUCGCGCUCAUGUCCUCUUUGACCGGUUUGUUCAGGCCACCACCUGCAAAGGAACUCUCAAGACCUUCCAAGAACUCUGUGACCACCUGGAGCUGAAGCCUAAGGACUACCGUUCCUUUUAUCACAAACUCAAAUCCAAGCUUAACUACUGGAAAGCCAAAGCCCUCUGGGCAAAGCUGGACAAACGGGGGAGCCAUAAAGACUACAAAAAGGGAAAAGCUUGCACUAACACCAAGUGUCUCAUCAUUGGAGCUGGCCCUUGUGGUCUUCGCACAGCCAUCGACUUAUCCUUAUUGGGAGCCAAGGUGGUGGUUAUUGAGAAACGAGAUGCCUUCUCCCGAAACAAUGUUUUACAUCUCUGGCCAUUCACCAUACAUGAUCUCAGAGGACUGGGUGCCAAGAAGUUUUACGGCAAGUUCUGUGCUGGAGCUAUUGACCAUAUCAGUAUCCGUCAACUCCAACUAAUACUUUUGAAAGUAGCCCUGAUUCUAGGCAUCGAAAUCCAUGUGAAUGUAGAAUUCCAAGGACUUGUACAGCCACCCGAGGACCAAGAAAAUGAACGAAUAGGUUGGCGGGCACUGGUACACCCCAAAACCCAUCCUGUAUCAGAAUAUGAAUUUGAAGUGAUCAUCGGAGGGGAUGGUCGUAGGAACACCUUGGAAGGAUUCCGUCGGAAGGAAUUCCGUGGCAAAUUAGCCAUUGCCAUUACAGCGAACUUUAUUAACCGAAAUACAACAGCAGAAGCCAAAGUGGAGGAGAUCAGUGGUGUGGCUUUUAUAUUCAACCAAAAAUUUUUCCAGGAGCUGAGAGAAGCCACAGGCAUUGAUUUAGAGAACAUUGUCUACUACAAAGAUGACACACACUAUUUUGUUAUGACAGCCAAAAAGCAGAGUUUAUUGGAAAAAGGGGUGAUAUUGCAUGACUACGCUGACACAGAGCUCUUGCUUUCCCGAGAGAAUGUGGACCAAGAAGCACUGCUCAACUAUGCCAGGGAGGCAGCGGACUUCUCCACCCAGCAGCAGCUGCCGUCCCUGGAUUUUGCCAUCAAUCACUAUGGGCAGCCAGAUGUGGCCAUGUUCGACUUCACUUGUAUGUAUGCCUCUGAGAAUGCUGCCUUGGUGCGGGAGCACAAUGGACACCAGCUGUUGGUGGCGCUGGUUGGAGACAGCCUUCUAGAGCCAUUUUGGCCAAUGGGAACAGGAAUAGCGCGGGGCUUUCUCGCUGCGAUGGACUCUGCCUGGAUGGUGAGGAGCUGGUCUCUGGGAACAAGCCCCUUGGAAGUCCUGGCAGAGAGAGAAAGUAUUUAUAGGUUGUUGCCUCAAACCACCCCUGAGAAUGUGAGUAAAAAUUUCAGCCAAUACAGCAUUGAUCCUGUCACCAGAUAUCCAAAUAUCAAUGUCAACUUUCUCCGACCAAGCCAGGUACGCCAUUUAUAUGAUACUGGAGAAACAAAUAUUCAUUUGGAAAUGGAGAACCUGGUAAAUUCUCGGACUACCCCGAAGUUGACUCGUAAUGAGUCUGUAGCUCGUUCAAGCAAACUGCUGGGUUGGUGCCAGAGGCAAACAGAUGGUUACGCAGGGGUCAACGUGACAGAUCUCACCAUGUCCUGGAAAAGUGGCCUGGCGCUAUGUGCAAUUAUCCACAGAUACCGCCCUGAUCUGAUAGAUUUUGAUUCUCUAGAUGAGCAAAAUGUGGAGACGAAUAACCAGCUUGCCUUUGACAUUGCGGAAAAGGAGCUGGGCAUUUCUCCCAUCAUGACCGGCAAGGAGAUGGCCUCGGUGGGGGAACCUGACAAGCUGUCCAUGGUGAUGUACCUGACUCAGUUCUACGAGAUGUUCAGAGACUCCCUCCCCUCCAGUGAUGCCUUGGACUUGAAUGCUGAGGAGAAAGCAGUCCUGAUAGCCAGCACUAAAUCCCCCAUUUCCUUUCUCAGCAAACUGGGACAGACAAUCUCUCGGAAGCGUUCUCCUAAGGAUAAAAAGGAAAAGGACUUGGAUGGUGCCGGGAAGAGGAGAAAGACUAGUCAAUCAGAAGAGGAGGAUGCGCCCCGGCCCUGCCGAGCAGGGAGGGCCACUGUGGUGAGCACGCUGACCGAUAGGCGCAUGGAUGUCGCCGUUGGUAACCAGAACAAAGUGAAGUACAUGGCAACCCAGCUGCUGGCCAAAUUCGAAGAGAAUGCACCCCCACAGUCCGCCGGUGUGCGGAGACAGCCGACACAAGAGUGUGGGGUCAUCCAGCCGUCCUGCCUCUCCGAGCAGGCGCGCCCUGCUCCCACUUCUCUGUGGAAACAGGGUUCCAUAAAGAAGGAGUUCCCGCAGAAUUUGGGAGGCAGCGACACGUGCUAUUUUUGCCAAAAGAGAGUCUACGUGAUGGAGAGACUGAGCGCGGAGGGCAAGUUCUUCCACCGGAGCUGCUUCAAAUGCGAGUACUGUGCCACCACGCUGCGCCUCUCAGCCUACGCCUACGACACUGAGGACGGUAAAUUCUACUGCAAACCACACUACUGUUACCGGCUCUCAGGCUCGGCGCAGAGGAAGAGACCAGCGCUGGCCCCUCUCUCUGGGAAGGAGGCAAGAGGAUCCCUGCAGGACGGCCCUACUGCUGAUGCGCAUGGACGGGCCAGCGCCCUUGCCAACCCCGCUGAGAGAACUCCAGGUUCCAGCGUGAAUGGUGUGGAAGAACCCAGCAUUGCCAAGAGGCUGCGGGGCACCCCCGAGAGGAUCGAGCUGGAGAACUACCGCCUCUCCAUGAAGCAGGCAGAGGAGCUGGAGGAGGUGCCUGAGGAGACCCUGGCCGAGCACAACCUGAGCAGCGUGCUGGACAAGGGCACAGAGGAGGACGUUGGCAGCAGCAGCUCUGAGUCAGAGAUGGAGGAGGAAGAGGAAGAGGAGGAGGAGGAGGAGGAGGAGGAGCAAGAGGAAGAGCAGGAGGAAGAACAAGAGGAGGAGGAAGAGCUGCAGCCACGCCUGCCCACCUCGGACCUGGGCGGUGUUCCUUGGAAGGAGGCCGUGCGAAUCCACGCUCUCCUGCGGGGAAAGAGCGAAGAGGAGCUCGAGGCCCCGAAGAGCUUUGCGCCGGGGAAUGAAGAGGACGACGAGUAUGAAGAGGAGGAAUAUGAAGAGGAGGAGGAGGAGUCUAGUGAAGCUGGGAGUCGGAGGCUACAGCAGAUCAUUAAUGCAUCUGAUCCGCUGGAGAUUCAGGCUGACGUGCACUGGACGCAUAUCCGUGAGAAAGAGGAGGAGAGAAUGGGACCCACCUCCGAGUCCUCUACUUCUAGAGUCCCGUUUGAUGAGGAUGACCUGGAGGAAGAUGUGGACUCAGAGCCGGCAGAGAUAGAAGGGGAGGCAGCAGAGAAUGGGGACACGGGGGACACUGGUGCUGAGCUGGAUGAUGAUCAGCACUGGUCCGAUGACAUUCCGUCAGAGGCAGAAGCAGAACUUGGCCCGUGGCGCCAGACAGAGGCCCAGCUGGAGCUGGAACUUCGAGUGUCAGAGAAUGAGGAGGAGCAGCCACUCCCUGCCCCGAAGUGCCAAGAGAAAGGUCCCUCCCGAGUCUCCAGCCCCUUCCACUCCCCGGAGCCCGAGAAAGCUGAUCUGUCCCCAGCUUCCCGCCUGGAGGCAGAGGCGAUCCAGAGCCCGAUCCAGAGCCCGGGCACCUCUGCCGCCGAGGCCAAGCCGCCGUCGCCCGAGAAGCGCCUCUUCCCGCAGCCUUUGUUCCCCAGAGAGAAGCCUGAGCUGGGCGCGCCCGCCGCCCCCACGGCCGGGAGCCCCCCGGUCCGAUCGCAGCCGGUGCCGCUGCCGGAAGCCCGCGCGCCCCCCUCCCUGGCGGCGCCCCCGCGGCCGCCGCCCUCGCCCCAGAGGCCCAUCUGCUCCCAGCCGCAGCCCGCCGCCGAGACCACCGUCGCGUCCCCCACCGCGUCCCCCAUCUGUUUCCAGCCCGCUCCCGUCAAGGCCUCCACCCCGCUCGCCGCCAAGACCCCCGGGGACAGGCCCGGGAGCCCCGCCGCGGACGAGGACCUGAAGCGGAGCGACCUGGUGGCCGAGUUCUGGCUGAAGAGCGCGGAGAUCCGCCGCAGCCUGGGCCUCACGCCCGUGGCUCGGACCCGGGCGCCCGGCGUCCCCGCGGCGGCGGCGGCGCUGAAGCCGCCGUCCCCGACGCCCGCCCCCGGCGAGAAGCCCCCGCCGCCGGCCGAGGGGCUCCUCCGGCUGAGGCCCUCGCCCGCGCCGAGGCGGAGGCCGGGCCCCGCCAGCUCGGACAGCGAGACGCCCCGGUCGCCGUCGGACCGGGAGCCCCGGCGCCCCCCCGAGGAGCGGCGCGACCUGUCCAGCAGCUCGGGGCUGGGCCUGCAGGGCAGCUCGUCCAACAUGAAGAGCCUCGCGGGCAGCCAGAGCUUCAACACGUCCGACUCGGCGAUGCUCACGCCGCCGUCCAGCCCGCCGCCGCCGCCGCCGCGGGACGAGGAGCCCGCCACCCUCCGGAGGAAGCCGGCCCCGGCGCCCCCCGCCCCGGCCCCCGCGGCCCCGGCGCCCGCCCCGGCCCCCCUCCUGCGGCCCGCGCGGGAGCCGGCCCCGCCGCCCCGGGAGGAGGCCCGCAAGUCGUUCGCCGAGAGCGUCGAGGAGAUCCCGUUCGCCGACGACGUGGAGGACACGUACGACGAGCAGACGGAGGACUCGAGCGCGCGGGAGACGUUCUUCACCCCGCCCUCCUGCUGGCCGCGCCCCGAGAGGCGCCCGCCCGCGCCCCCAGCCGCGGGGAACGGAAGGGUGCCGCCCCUGGAACCCCGGGGGGCGCCGCCGCCCCGGAGGGGGCUCCCCGCCGUCUCCGCGGAAGCCAAGGAGGUGGCCGAGGAGCGCAUGCGGGCCCGGGAGAAGUCGGUCAAGAGCCAGGCGCUGAGGGAUGCCAUGGCCCAGCAGCUGAGCAGGAUGAAGGACCUGGAGGGGCCCGCGCCGCCCCGGCCCCCCGGGGACGCCGCCCUCAGAGCCUCCCCCCGGGGCAGAGAGCUUGGCCCCGAGCCCCCGAAUCGCCCCGUGCUCCAGGGCGCCAAGGACUCCGCCCUGAAGCACGAGGAGGCCCUGUCGCCGCCCUCAGACUCCGGGGGGCCCGAGGGCUCCAUCACCUCCUCCGAGGGCUCCAGCGGCAAGAGCAAGAAGCGAUCGUCCCUCUUCUCGCCCCGCAGAAGCAAGAAGGAGAAGAAGCCCAAAGGCGAGGGCCGGGCCCCCGAGAAGCCCAGCCCGGGCCUCCUGGAAGACGCGGCGGCCAAGCCCAGGUCCCUGUGGAAGUCGGUCUUCUCGGGGUACAGGAAGGACAAGAAGAAGAAGGGAGACGACAAGUCCUGCUCCAGCACUCCUUCCAGCGGGGCCACGGUGGGCUCAGGCACGCACCGGCUCUCUCCCAUCGUGAGAGCAGAGCUGCAGCUCCGGCGCCAGUUGAGUUUCUCGGAGGACUCUGACCUGUCCAGUGAUGACAUCCUUGAGCGGUCCUCCCAGAAGUCCAAGCGAGAGCCAAGAACCUACACCGAGGAGGAACUGAACUCCAAGCUGACCCGACGCGUGCAGAAGGCGGCCCGAAGACAAGCCAAACAAGAGGAGCUGAAGCGGCUGCACCGAGCCCAGAUCAUCCAACGGCAGCUGGAGCAGGUGGAGGAGAAGCAGAGGCAGCUGGAGGAGAGAGGGGUUGCGGUGGAGAAGGCCCUGCGCGGGGAGGCAGGCAUGGGUAAGAAGGAUGACCCCAAGCUGAUGCAGGAGUGGUUCAAGCUGGUGCAAGAGAAAAACGCCAUGGUGCGCUAUGAGUCGGAGCUGAUGAUCUUCGCCCGGGAGUUGGAGCUGGAAGACCGGCAGAGCCGCCUGCAGCAGGAGCUGCGGGAGCGGAUGGCGGUGGAAGAUCACUUGAAGACGGAGGAGGAGUUAUCAGAGGAGAAGAAGAUCCUAAACGAGAUGCUGGAAGUGGUGGAGCAGAGAGACGCUCUGGUGGCCCUGCUGGAGGAGCAGCGGCUCCGGGAAAAGGAGGAGGACAAGGACCUGGAGGCCGUCAUGCUGACCAAGGGCUUCAGCCUGAACUGGUCCUGAGCUCCCGUCCCCCGCACGGACUGGCUGCCGUCGCCGCCACCCGGCCUGGCUGGGUUGUCCCAGCCCCUUGGCCUGUACCCCGAGCAGGCCCAGUGCCUCCUGGGAGCUUGUGUGUCCAUGUGCCCCUCGUGGACGUGAGCACGCCACGUCGCUGCCGCGGAGGCCCCUGGGGAAGGCGACCGUCGAGAUGCGUGACCUCCCUGGAGAGACCCGUCGUGCCCUCCCGCCCCAGGAUGGGGAACGUGAGCGCUUGACUCGGAUGUGAAAGGAACAUGCCCUCUGCCCACACAUCACCUGGCACAAUGAGAGCGUGGGAGCUGCAGGCUCUUUCGUGCUCCCUAAAGCGCCACCAAAGAAAUGCAAACAGGGCCUGAAAGCAAGAUGAGAGUCCAGCCCCGGAGACUCGCCUGGGCUGGUGAGGGCAGCGCUGCCCUGCCUUAUCUCGCCGGGGAAGCUGCGUGCAGAACUCACGCAAGUGGGGAGACCCAGGAGGGGCUGCUCCCCCACACACACUGGGCCCCAGGAGGCCAAAUGCACAGGCCUCUCCGCCCCGGCCUGAGGCCUGUGGAUUGCUGCGUUUUGCUUUUAAUUCACAACCAUUUUGACACUGGAAAAGACUGACUUUGGGGGACAAGGCUGAGGCUCCGAAUUUCAAGCCCCGGUUGACGGGGGCACUGUCACUGUUUGGCGCGUCACAUCAGCUCAGGAGAUCAGCCUUAUCCUUGGCAUUUUUCCUAUGUUUGCACAUUGAAAUGAAGCUGACAACCUGGUGAGAUGUUCAGCCACUUUGUACCCUUAUUGUCAACUUAACUUAUUUUUUUAAUACUUGAACAGAAGCAACUUCAUUUUUCUAUCUUUACUAGAGACACUGAUCACCCAGCACCUGUAUAGAAGCAGCAGAGGGUCUGCCAGUCCCACCCAGCAUCCCCACAGACACGUGUUACAUCACCUAUUUAUUAGCCUUCUUCGUCGUGUUACUGACCCCGCGGGCAUCGGAGCAGCCGAGGGCCCAUUGGUCCCUCGCAUGCUCUUCUGUGCCCUCCUGUGCUCUUGUCCCACUCUCCUCCACCCACAGUCCACUCUGCCACCAAACCCGCCUGCACCGCCCAUUUGUCCAGGAUGAACUGCAGCUCUGGGGGAGGCUGCUGGCCUCUCCCUGUUGGCAUCCAGCUCUGUAGGACCCCAUUUUACUUUUCCCCUUCAGUUUCAGUGCCAGGGUUUCACCUCCCAUGACCCAUGACGUUUAUUAAAGGAGCUGUGACAGGCCGGCUGGGAUAAAGCGCAGUGGAGUCUUGUUACCUGUGUGGCUGCUGAGGUCGCCCUCGAGCCAGCCGUGGAUCCCACCGAGUAAGAAGGCCAUGCUACAGCGGGUGUUGGGAUCCAGGCUAGUCUCAAAGGUGAGCACCUCCAGCCCUCCUCUCCCAAGUGAGGAGACUUCUCUGUCCCCAGAUCUUCAUGGGAAGACGGGGUGAUCAGCACCGUGUCACUAGCUCCUUGAGCCAAACUGUUCACUUCUCAUGAUGUAGCCAAAGCCUGGCUGUCUAUAGUCAGAGCCACUGUCAGAGAAAAUCCCGAGCGAGGAAGGGCCAGGCUUGUCCACUCAGAAUGCGUGAUCAGUCUGCGGAGAAGUCCGUCAGUGCCCGGCCAAGCUUGGCGCUCCUUCCAGCCCGUUGUGUGGGGAGUGGCAGAGGAGAGAGAGCUGGCCUGGGAACUCUUCAAGGAAAAGAUGGAUUGACCUGGGAACUUCCAUAGGGAACCACAUUGUGCCUCGAGAUGAACGUGCAUUCUGACCACACAGGAGGAAAGAGCCUGUCUUACUCGUCACUGUGUCCAAAGCUGCCGUGUCUCCUGCGGGAUCCAGACGUGCUGCUCGCCACCAUCGUGGAGCUCUGACUUCUCUGCUGAGGCAGAGUCUCCAUUUUUCUAUUCUCUUAAAGAGGGGGUGAGGAGGGGAUUUUCGAUCCCAUCUCUUCCCCCCAACCUUCCGAUAAAAUUGGAGCAGGACCAGAUCUUUUUCUCCUGGGCGGUCCUUUCCUUAACCCUGUCCCCUCAGAGCUGUUCUGGCACUGGCCAAGCCGUGGAGAACUGUCUCUGUCCCUUGCAAGUCCCAGAAGAGCGAAGCCACAGUGCUCUGCUGUAGGUGACGUAGUGGGGCUGUAGAUGUGACCGACUGUCCCGGCUGCGGCCUUCUGACACCUUCGUGUCCUCCCAAGCACACACUGCAGCUUGCAGCUACUGACAGAGGGGCUGAAGAAGACGAGAGAGAAGCUCCAGAUAUUCACAGACCUGCAAAAUGUUCCAGAGCUUUCCGUCCCGACUGCACGGACAUCAGGUCCAGUGAAGCACUUUCUAUUUCAACUCCCAUUUCAUGACCACUCACUUGCAGUUCGAGUGCUUCAGGAAAUGUUCUCCAAAUGUAGAAGUGCACGCAGCUCCGUGUGCAGGCAGACGUUCUCCGCAAGAGUUGAGGUCCCUCGAAACGAGGGAGCCAGAGAGAGCUCUGAAAUGCCUGCGUUUGCGUGGGUGCAGUUGCAAGGCUGCACCGUGCAGGGAACGAGGGUCACCAGGCGCAGUCUGAGGUGGGGUGGCCGCGGCCACGUGGGGUUCCAGUCCUGCUCAGAUGGUAUUUUGGGGCCUUUGCUCCCAGGAGUCAUUCUUCAGCUAAUUUAAUCAGCAGUGAUAGACUACUCUUUGUCCUUCCCAAACAAAACAGUUUCUCAGCGGGGCAGGAAGAAGAAAGUUUUAAAGAGAAAUUUUUUAAAGGCGGUAACAACUGACCUUCAAAGGGGAAUGGGUCAUUUUAUGCGCAAUAAAAACUUUUAAAA